AUCACUCAUUACUUCUCUCUUACACUGACUGAUGCUCGCGCGCUCUCCGCUCAUCUCACUGGACUUUUUUGCCGAGGAUACAAGACUUCAGAUAGUUUCCCCAAAAGCUGACAGUGUACUCCGGUUCCUGGUAUCUUACAGAGAUACAAAAUUUUUGGAUUCAAACUGCUACAUGUGGCAACUCCAAACCGGAUAGUGCCGUCCUAUUUUUAUUUCCUCGCUGAAAGCAAGAAACUCCUUUACUGCAGCCGAGCGGCAGGCUUGUUCAGCUGCCAUUGGCCCUGAUUUGAACAAGAACCCUUCUACUGUAGCUGCAAAGGAAGUCCUUGCCUUUGGAAAGCAGCUUAACGCCUUAUAAAUCAGUGAUGAGGCAGAUGGACCAGCGAUAAUCUAUUUAGAAUGCCUCACAGCAAAUAUUGUCGUACAGAUGAUUAGAGAUUGAGCUAUUUUAACUCGGCCUUCUCCGCCCUUUCAGCAAAUCUUCUGCUUCUCUGAAUGAUUUUAAUUGGAGACUUACUUUUUCCCUACUUUUCCUCCCUAAAUAUGUUGGUGUAUUAAAAUUGUGUGCGCAAACACGCAUGGGGAAAUGAAGUGGCAAAGUGUACAUGUUUUACAGCGCCAUUUUCUUGGCAGGCUUCAAUAGUGUGGCAUGGAACAAAGAGAGCAGGGAGAUGGGCCUGAGCCAACAGGCUAAUGACAAAACGCACGCUUCUUAACCCAAUAUUAGUAGGGGGACGUGGUGAGAGCAUUGCUGUACGUGAGGGAUAAAACCACAACGAAGGCCCCCCAUUCACUUUUAUGGUCGAUGGGUCCCGAUUUAGCACAAGGCCACAGAAGACAGGCCAAAGGAUGGAUGGAUAGAGAGAGAGAGGGAGGACGGAGUGCGAAAAUGAAGUGGAGGUUGUCAGAUGUGGCAGCUGCUUGGAAUCCUGAUAAAUAUAAGUCCUUAUUGAUCGGCUGAAAAUGAAAGAUCCCAGAGUGGCGUGCAGUAUUUAGCUUCUUGUCUGCUGAGCACGUCAGCGGUGGCCUUGCCUCACAAGGAUAGAUUUUCAGCUUUGAUUUCAUCUUUAACCUUUUUCGGCUGCUUUUCCUUGACCUCUGCGCCACUGCUGCGAUUCAGUGAAUUUGUUACAUUUGGCCUGACAUCCUCUCUCUCUCUCUCUCUCUCUCUCUAUCUCUCUCUCUCUCUCUCUCUUGCUGACAGAGUAAAGACUCAUCACCGCUGUCAUCGCUUGUUGCUGUACAGACUCAGUGGCGGGGUGAGUCACGGUAUCUUCAACCUGACGGGCCCCGGACCAGUAUGCAGUUAGAGUGAUCAGGAUGGAGGACUCUAGUUUGUGCCUUGGUGUAUCCUCUGUGGUCUCGGAUGCUGACAACCAUCUUAGCAACGUAGUACUUAAUGGCCGCUACCCAAUCAGUCAGAAACUGCACCAGCUGACUGCCCAGCUGGGUCAUGCCUUUCCUGAACUACAGAGUCGCCAACAGAUCCCAGAGGAGAAGGCAGCCACCCCACUGGAUGAGAAAACCCAUGCUGCCUUAGCUAGUCAGCCAAUCAGCAGUCAGAUGGCCUUACUGGCCAACCAGCUUAACCGUGACAUGGAUGUGGGUGCUCUGAGUGGUCUCAAUGGCCGUGUUGAUUUGCAACAAUUUCUGAAUGGGCAGAACUUAGGAAUCAUGUCACAGAUGAAUGACAUAGAAGAUGAUGCCCGCAAGAACCGCAAAUAUCCUUGCCCGCUAUGUGGUAAACGCUUCCGCUUCAACAGCAUUCUGUCUCUUCAUAUGCGUACACAUACUGGAGAGAAGCCCUUCAAAUGCCCCUAUUGUGACCACCGAGCAGCUCAGAAGGGUAACCUGAAGAUCCACCUUCGUACCCAUAAGCUGGGGAAUCUUGGUAAGGGCCGUGGUCGUGUACGUGAAGAAAACAGGCUUCUUCAUGAACUGGAAGAGAGGGCCAUUCUGCGUGAUAAGCAAAUGAGGAACAGCCUGCUGCAGCCCUCUCAACCUCUUCCACCCCACAUGGGUAUACAAGGUCACAACCAGCAACAGCCCAGCUCUGCCUGUGGAAUGCUCACUCCAACUAGUCUUGGUGGCUCACCUGAUACACUGACCCAGCCGUCUGCCUCACCUAAGCCUGCAGGUACCAACCUUCAAGAUGAUCAAGCCCUCAACCAAGCCCAAGGGUUCCGCUGCACUUUCUGCAAAGGUAAAUUUAAGAAACGUGAGGAGCUAGAGCGCCACAUUCGCAUUCUCCACAAGCCCUACAAGUGUACCCUGUGUGAAUUUGCUGCCUCCCAGGAGGAGGACCUCAUCAGUCAUGUGGAGAAAACUCACAUCACAGCAGAAUCAGCCCAGGGACAGGGAACAGGGGCAGGCAGUGGAGAGAAGCCCACCAAUGAAUUUCGCUGUGAGGUCUGUGGCCAGGUCUUCAGCCAAGCUUGGUUUCUGAAAGGACACAUGCGGAAACACAAGGACUCCUUUGAACACUGCUGCCAGAUCUGUGGACGUCGUUUCAAGGAGCCCUGGUUCCUGAAGAAUCACAUGAAGGUCCACCUCAAUAAGCUGGCCAUCAAGAGCAAGCCCCCUGUUGGUGGAGGAGCUGAUGAUAAUGGACCCUCUGUUAACAACAUGAGUAGCCUGGCUCAAGAAGCCCAUGCCAACCUAUAUUCACGUUACAUUUCUUGCCUGCAAAGUGGAUUUCUCUCACCCGACAAGCAAGGCCUGGCUGAACAGCAACAUCAUAUGCUGGCCAAGGCUGGUAUAGCUAUGAAGGAGAAGGAGAUGCUCGGCAAGCUCCUAAGCCCAAUGGCCAGCAUUGGCCAUGGCUUAGGAGAAAAUGAGAAGCGCUCACUUUUGGGUUGCCUGAACUUGGUUCCCCCUCUGAAGUCAAGCUGUAUGGAGCGCUUACAAGCUGCUGCUAAAGUGGCAGAGAUGGACCCCUUGAACAGCUACCAAGCCUGGCAAAUCAUGGCACGUGGAAUGGCCAUGGAACGCUCCUUCAUACCAAAAGAGCAGCAUCAUGGAGGGCACGGACAAGAAGAUGAACUUGCCAGUGCAGCUGGGAUUGUUCCAUUUGGGAAAGACAAGCAUGAGCACCCAACCUUAGGUUCUAGUGAUGGUUCCAAGCAGAAGCAACACCCUGAAGUUCUACAUGGAGUGAAGACCAGUGCAGGCAUGAUGUCCUUGAAAGAUGAGGGUGUAGGCUUUGAUAACCACCGUGAGUUCUUGCCUCACCAUGGGGGUCUAGGCCUGGGCCAAGGGCUUGAGUACAGCCUGGCCGGCCUGAAAGAGAAACCAACUGAGUGUCCUGACUGCGGCAGAGUCUUUAGAACCUAUCACCAAAUGGUGGUCCACUCCAGAGUGCACAGCAAAGACCGUCGAACCCUAGAAGAGAGCUCCCAGCAAGGUCUGGACGAAAGGCGUGGCUCAGCAAGCGACCCUGAGUCUCAGUCCAUCAGCCGAUCCACCACCCCAGGCUCUUCCAAUGUGACGGAGGAAAGUGUUGCUGGAGGAGGACACUCCCAAACAGGCAGUGUUCAGGAUGACAGUCCCCACCCAUCUUCUCCAUAUUCUGAUGUUGGGGAUGAGAUGGCGAAACCUGUGACUGCUGUCCAGCCACCCUCUACCCAGCACCGGGACAGGAACAUCGGUUCCAGCAUGAAGGACUGCCCCUACUGUGGCAAAUCUUUCCGUACCUCCCACCAUCUGAAGGUCCAUCUAAGAAUACAUACAGGUGAAAAGCCCUACAGGUGCCCUCAUUGCGACUAUGCAGGCACUCAGUCAGCUUCUCUGAAGUACCACCUGGAGCGCCAUCACCGUGAGCGACAGAAUGGAAGCGGUCCCUCAGCCAACCACCCUCCCUCCUCUGAACACAAAGAUGACCAUGGAAAAAACAACAGUGGCGGUGGUGUCUUUGCUCGUCCUGAUGUCCUUCGUGGGGUCUUUAAAGGCAUGAUGCCCUCUGGUCUUGACUUCCGAGGGGGUCAAAUGCUCCCACAUCAAUGGGCUCCACCAGGAAUACUCUGCCCUAGGGAAAGAGACCGUGAAAGGGAACGAGAUCGCCAUGGACCAGGGGCAGAGCCUACCACAGAGAGCAUGAAGAGUCCUGAGGGACCCACCUCUGCAGGGGACAGUCCUGCCAGCUUCUCUGACCUGGGCCGGGCCUACCAGAGUAUGGUGGGAAAUGGAGUCAACUUUCAGGGAUCCCUGCAAGCUUUCAUGGACAGCUUUGUCCUCAAUUCCAUGAAGAAGGAGAUGAGAGAAGGUCAGCUGCAUGGCCAGUAUUUUAGCCAGGAGAGUUCUGAAGCCAAGACCAAAAAAGCCAGUGAGGGAAACCAGAAGGAGAAUCCCUCCAGUGACGCCAAGCCAGCUGAGGGUGGCCGCUCCCAGUAUGAGCCUCUGGAUUUGUCUGUUAGGCCAGAAGCAGGAUCCAUCCCUGGAGCCUCCAUCACCAUACAGGACAAUGUCGCCUGGCACAGCUGCCUCUUCUGCUCCUUCACAACUGCCUCUGUGGAACUGAUGGCCCUCCACCUGCAAGCUAACCACCUGGGUAAAGGCAAGUGUGGCCUGGGCAAAGAUACUAAGGAACACCUCUUGGGUGAGCCUUUCCAUGCAGGCAAAGUUACUGGCCUGGCUCCUCCACCACCAGGCCUUCUCCAUCACCAUGAGGGAGCCCCGUCAAGGGACAGAGAGACUGAGUCUGGGGAUCUGAAGGGACAAACAGGCUGGUCGAACCAUCUGAAGCAGCCCCCGCAUGGAGCUUCCAUGGGAGCAUUCUCCAGUGAUUUCUACAAGCCCUUUGUCCCCGUGUACGAUGGCUCUGCUAGAGGGCCUGUUGGAUAUCUCGACCAGCAGAAAAUUCAGCCCAAUGAUGGGGGCGGUCUAGGCCCUCUGGACGACCUAUCCGACAAGGCGUCUUGCAGUGAGAUUGAGGCAUCUGAGGAACGUGGUGCUCAGUCUGAGGAAGAUGAAAUGGGUAGCGACAAAUCAUUGCCCAACCCCAAUACCACAGAGCGGCUUAUGCGUUCAGAUGAAGAAGAAGAGGCAGAGGAAGAAGAAGAGAUGGAGAUGGGUGAUGCCGAGGAGGAGGACCUUGGAUCCAUGCAGAUGCUUCCUGAAUCUCCACUGUCAGGGAAGGACAUCCAAAGAUGUAAGCUAUCCAUGGGCCCCCAAAACUCUGGGCUUUCUCCUCCUCAGCCUACCACCCCUGAGAAGCAGUGGCAACAGCAGCAGGCAGGCCUUGGUCUUCUCUCCCCAGGUAGUGGUCCUCCUGGCCUGGUAAAGCCUGAUCAGGCCCACCUGGAGCACCAGAUGAACAUGCUAUCUGUCCUGCGGGCCUAUAAUUCAGAGAACCUUGCAGCUUUUAACGGAGACCUAGGCAGCAGCUCCAGUGGAGGAGGCAGUGGGACCAGCAACAUGAAAAUAAUUGACCCCUCUGUUCAUCUGUGGGCGGAGGAAGAGGCUUCCCGAAGGUUUGGCCCUGCUCUUACCCCUGAACAUAGCCUAACUGACACAGAGAUGCAGGACUAAUCAGAAACUAACAUCACCCUCCCCCCUUCUGGACUGAACGGCCGAGAGCAAGUGAUGGAAAAAGCGCAAGAGGACAAUGAUGAUGAAGGACAUUAUGAUAUUGAAAGCAUUAUUUAACAUAAAAGACUUCAAGAGAGAAAAAACUCAUACAUUAGUUGAGCAUAAUAUGGACAGCUCAGAUGGUUUCAUACACAGACGUUCUCGCUGGAUGAAGUAAAGGAAAUCUGUUGAUGUUUAGCGAGCUGAAAACAAGGAGAGAAGAAAAAAAAAAAACGAUUUUUGCUUCCUGUGUUUUGUGUCUUGAAUCCUCCCUUGUGUAGCUGAUAAAUACUUUCUGUGUUUUUUAAGUGCUUUUUUGACUUCGACAUAGUGAGGAAACUUUUUAGUGAUUGUCCCUCAGAGCAACACAUUCCUUGAACCAAGAUGGCAGUCGCCAGUCUCAAACUGAGAGACUGAGAAAACGAACAGACUUCCCUCUCUCUUGGACACAACAAAAACAUGGAACUGUCUCAGUGUUUCUCACUGCCCACUGUUAUUUCCCAGAGACUCCCUCAACAGUUCUGCCAGGGCUUUAUCUCUGGGCUUUUGGACCAACCCACAACACGUUUGGAGACCAAGCACACUCUUAUUAAAAACUCAUUUGUAAUCUGCACACUCUCAGCAGCAGUCAGGGCCUGGAUAUCAGAACAGAAGAAUGACAAUCCAGUACUUUCAGGAAAUGAAAAUAUGGCCCUCAGUAAGGACCUACAGCAUCAACGGCAUCUAAAAAGGGAAGCUAAGUUUACUGUGGCUAUGCCUUUUUCUUUGAAGACUGGCUCCAUGAUGUCACAAUAUGCGUCCACGUUUUGUUCUCCUGAUGUGUUUGUAAGCGACUAGCGUGUAGACGUUCAGAGCUGAACUCCAGAGAAAGGGGGCACUGUAGCAAAGACAAAACCAGCCAAGGUGACAGGAAGAACUAGUUUACAUCAAGUGUGUCUGAUGAAACAACACGAGCCAAGGAGACUGCAUCCGUAAAGCCUGCAGAAAUCAAACCGAAAAUCCCAGAUCCUUUGAUCUAAGUCUUGCUCACUUCAAGUACUCUGGCUAUGAGAUUGUGUUUGUAAUAUACUGCCACCAAUCAGUGUUGCAAAGUGUUACUGACUACUGAAAUGGUUUGAUGUAUUCACUUAUUAAAGAAAAUGAAAAAAAAAAAAAAAAGUAUAUAAAAAGAAAAAAGAAACAUGCAAACAAGAAACAAAUAUUGUCUAGCCAUAGAUACAGUCAUGCGUUGUUGCAUUUACAAAGCUAGCUGUUUUAGAGUGUAGGUAUUAGAUUGGAGUUUUCUUCUCUAGUACUGUAAUUUUUGCCUUUCACCUUUGUAAAAUAUGAAUAACAUUAAAAAGAAAAGAUAAAAAGAUUGACAAUCUUCUUCUGUUGCUGCAAGCAUAUAAAUCCAUACAGUAUAUAUACCCAUGCCUCAUGCAAGCAAAUACAAACUGAGUUUUCUCCCCUGAAGUAUUUUGCACUGUGAUAGUAAAUGAACAACCAGUCUAUACAGUACACAGAUCGCUAAUCGAAAAUGAAGGUGUGCGUGCGUGUGCGUGUUUGUGCGUCCCUUGAGAUUGUGAAAUGUUAUUCUCUUUAUUCUUUUGUGAACUCUGCUGAUUUGAUCUGUGUAGUUCCAACAAUCUCAUCUUAUGAUGGUCAUCUCUGUUGCUUUGAGAAUAAAUUCAAUGAACUUCCCUGUAAGUCAUCGUGUAUGGAUUCCACAGUGUGGUGAAGCAGUCCAAUCUGUUCUAUUCAGAUUUUAAAAUAGAUUCUUUAGUUGUCCUCUUUGCAAGACACAUCUUUGAAAAUGGAAUGUGUAUUCAUAGUCUCCAUUCAAGUUUACAUCCUUAUGUAAAUGCUAGUUUUUUUUUUUUUUUUUUUUUUAUGUCUCAAAGUGAAUAUGUUUAAUAACUAGUUUUUAAGAGAACUAGUAAAGGCUACGUAAGGUAAAGGAAUAUGACAGGGAGGGUCAGUAAUAGGAUAUAUAUUGACCAAUCCCUAUAUACACUGGUUAUAGAUGAGCACACCUCUGGCUCCCCUCCUUUGUGUAGUAUAACUGAGCAUCUAUCUCUCUUUCAGUCUUACUGGACUAAUAUAUGAGCAUUCCACACCUCUGAACUGUCUUGUUGACUGUAUGACUUUCAUUUGGUUGCUGUACCCUCAUGGCAGAUGCUUUGUUUUGUAACUACUGAACUGUACUUAUAAUGAGAAAUAAAAUGUAUUCAAACUAUGAGACAAUGGAGUGAUCAA